AUGGUUCAAUUACCUUUAAAUAUUAUAGCAACGGGAAAUGAUUUUAUUGGAGAUAAUUUAAAUAAUAAUUCUUUAAAAUUUAUUUCUUCUCAAAAAUUUUUAUUGGCAGAUAUUCUUAAAGCCUCAGCUUUAUUCCUUUUGGUGCUGUGGACAAUUUUAGCAAACUUUCUAGUUUUUAUUGUGCUUUAUAAAAAUCCACGUCUUCAAACAGUUCCCAACCUUUUGGUUGGAAAUUUAGCCUUAUCUGAUUUUUGCUUGGCGCUGAUUGUACUCCCUUUAUCGAGUGUUUAUGCUUGUGCUGGCGAAUGGCUCUUCAAUGAUACUCUUUGUCAAAUUUUUGUAUCUGCUGAUAUUCUCUGCUCUACAGCUUCAAUCUGGAAUCUUUCUAUUGUAGGGCUCGAUAGAUAUUGGGCAAUAACUUCUCCAGUUGCUUACCUAAAUAAACGAAACAAAAAAACAGCCUGUAUAAUGAUUGUUACUGUGUGGUCAUUCUCUGCAUUGAUAAGUUUAGCCCCUCUACUUGGGUGGAAACAAGUUGCUGAACAUGGAAAUUUAGUGGAAUUGAAUGGAACUUGGCAAUGCACAUUCCUCGAUUUACCCUCCUACACUGUUUACUCUGCUACUGGUUCCUUUUUUAUUCCAACUCUAUUAAUGUUCUUCGUUUACUUCAAGAUUUAUCAGGCAUUUGCUAAACAUCGAGCGAGACAAAUUUACAGGCAAAAGGUCGGAUAUUUCUCUUUUCCCCAAGCUUUUUAAAUAUUUUCUGCUUAAUAAAUGCAGUGACCUUUAACAUUUUCCAAAAAAAAAUAAAAAAAACUUUUCCUAAAAUCCUUAGUUUAAUUGCUUCUGUACUUUUUAAAUAUUUAGUUGGCCGUUUCAUCGAGGGUAUGUUUCGAAUUUAUUUUUGUUUGGUGAUCGACAAGUGUUGUCUUUUCCGGAUUUUUUCUCUUAUAUAAUAUACACUCUCUCGCUUUUCUCUAAC